AUGGCUACCACCCUCCCCAGUUACCCUCCUCUUGAGGAUCGUCCUCUUCGCAAUACCAUCUGUCUCUUUGACGUCGACGAGACUCUCACUCCCGCCCGUCGUCAUGCCUCCCCCGAGAUGCUCGAACUCCUCGCCCGCCUCCGCCAAAAGUGCGCCAUCGGUUUUGUCGGCGGCUCCGACUACUCCAAGCAGCAGGAGCAGCUUGGCAACGCCUCCACGCCCGUCACCGCCCUCUUCGACUUCUGCUUCUCCGAGAACGGCCUGACCGCCUUCAAGCUCGGCCAGCCCCUCACCUCCAACAGCUUCAUCAAGUUCAUCGGCGAGGACCAGUACAAGGAGCUCGUCAACUUCGCCCUGCACCACAUCGCCGACCUCGACAUCCCCAUCAAGCGUGGCACCUUCAUUGAGUUCCGCAACGGCAUGAUCAACAUCUCACCCAUUGGCCGCAACGCCUCCACCGCCGAGCGCUUGGCCUUUGAGGAGUACGACAAGGUCCACAAUAUCCGCCGCGACUUCGUCGCCAAGCUGCGCGAGCGCUUCGGCCACCUCGGCCUGACCUUCUCCGUCGGCGGCCAGAUCUCUUUUGAUGUCUUCCCCGCCGGCUGGGACAAGACGUACUGCCUGAAGCACCUUGAGGACGAGGCCAAGAAGGAGGGCGGCAUCAAGUACGAACAGAUCCACUUCUUUGGCGACAAGACGUUUGAGGGCGGUAAUGACUACGAGAUCUAUGUCGACGAGCGCACCAUUGGCCACUCCGUCAACGGUCCCGAGGACACCAUGCGCGUUAUCAAGGAGACCUUUGACUUGUGA